AUGCGCAGCGAGCCCCUCAUGUCAGGCCUGGCUUCCAGCAGCCCCCCUGUGUUCGCUGCCGUACCAGUGACCCAACCGCCAAGGCGGCUAGACAACAGCGACGCCGUUGGCGCCAGCGACGCCGAUGGCGGCAGCUGUACGGAACCACAUAGCGAUGUGAAUUUCCUCCGGUCGUCCAUGUCGCCCACGGUGGAGAGCGCGGAGGAGAUUUUGCAGGCCGUAGAGUUGGAACUGGAGCAGAGCCCCCUCCUGCUCAGCCGCCGGAGCUCAACACCCACGUACCUGGCGUUGCGAGUCGGUGUAGCAGGCCGCCAGCCUUUGAUGGAGCAGUACUUGGAGCACCAGACGUGGCAGCAGCACCACCUCGCGCAGAGGAACCUGCACAAAGAGGAGCUACAGCCGCUGCUACAGCCGCCGCCGCCGCCGCAAGUUGUCCCGGCGACACAAGGGGCUGAGGCAGCUGUAGCAGCGGCGGCGGAGCCAGGAGAGGUGGCGGCGGCGGACGCCAGCGCGCACUCCCGGCUAGUCGCUUCCGCGUCUUUCAGUACGGGGCUGCUUGGAGAGGUCUGCGAUACCGCCAUGAUCGCUGGCGGCGCCGCCGCCGCCUUCGCCUCCGCAUCGGCAGCAGUAGCACUUCCGACGCCGCGACUCGGAGCUGCACCUGAGGGUGCUACAGCUAAUGCUACAGCAGUUGCGACGAGAGCAGCAGCUAGUCCCUUUGCGAUAGCGGCAGCAGCAGCUGCAGCGGCGAAUCUACCGGCGGCGGCGGGGGUCGCGGCAGCGGCGGCGCCCGGCGCCGCUAGGGCGGCAGUCUGGGGCGUUGGAGGGGAUGGCGGGGCUCCGCAGCGCAGCUACGCGUCGGCGUCUGUCGUGCAGCCACGUCAGCAGUUGCCUCCCGGCGGAGGUGGUGGUAGCGGAGGCGGGUCGCAGCGCAGCCACGCGGCGGCGGUGUCUGUGCUGCCGUCGAGGCUGCAGGCGGCGGGGGGCCUUGGCGGCGGCGGCGGCGGCGGCGGCGGCAGCUUCCAUGCCGGGGGCGGCGGCGGGACUGGGACCGGUAUGGAGAAGAAAGUGGCGAUUGCCGGGCUGGGGCUGCAGUACGGCGUACAGCUGCGGGACUUCAGGGUUUUGGACCCCGUGCUGGGUGCCACGUACCCGGCCUGCCUGCUGUGCCGCGAUGGGGCUCUGAUCGUCAACCUCGACCCCAUCAAGGUGAUCGUCACCGCCCACUUUGCGCUGGUGAACCACGCGGAAUCCGACAAGGCCCGACCGUUCAUUGAAGAGCUGAAACGGCGGUUGCACAACUACCUAACCACCAAGCACGCCGCUCAGCAACCGCCUGCCGUACUGCCGGCGGAAGCGACGGCAGCAGCGGUCGAAGCCGGGGCGACGACUGCGGCUGAUCAUCUCCCGUCUCAUGUACGGCAUGCACCGCCGCCGCCGCUACCGCCGCUACCGCCGCAAGAAGAACGGGAACGGCAGCAAGCUACCUCCCAAAAUGAAGAGACACCACCAGCGGCGGCGGCAGUGGCAGCGGCAGCUGGGGCUUUAGCACACCCUGGCGCAGAGGGUCAGGGCCGUAUGGCGAAUGUGGCCAAUGCCCUCCUGUCCCUCCUGCCGCAACAUGUACGACCAGGGCCCGGCCACGCCGCCGCCGCCGCCGCCAGCGGCGGCGGCGACGGCAGCAGCACCGCCUACGACGGCAUACAGAUACUGCCGACGCGGUUGCUACAACUUCGGCGGCAAGGCUUAUCGGCAGGGUCGUUGGUGUCGUUGCUAGGACCUGGCGGCGGUGGCGGCGGGGGCGGUGUUGGUGGGGGGGGCGGUGGUGAGGGGCAGCAGGUCAGCGAGCUGGUGGCGUCGAUGCCGUUCGAGCUGCGUGCGCUCGAGGUGGUUUUGGAGCAGACGGUUGGUCUGUUGGACGCUCAAGCCACCGAGCUGGAACGCGCCACCCGCAUGGCCCUGGACGAGCUGACUCGCAAGGUGAACCCGCGCAACCUGGAGCGGAUGCGGCAUCUGAAGGGUCGCAUGGCGGCGCUCACGAACAAAGUCGACACGCGCAUUACUGGGCAGGCUUACUUCAUGCAGCUGGGCCACACGUGGCAGCAACUGCAGUCUCUCAAGUCGUACAUUGACAGUACGGAAGAUCUGAUUAAUCUGGAGCUGGAUCAGCAGCGCAACAACUUGAUUUCUGUGGACCUCAUGGUCACUUUUGGCUCCUUCCUUCUGACGGCAAUGUCAGUCAUCGCGGGCUUGUUCGGAAUGAAUGUGACCAACCGCAUGGAAGCCGACUAUUCGGCCUUCCUUUCCAUCUGCAUUGGCUCGGCCGCCGCCGCGGUGGCGCUGUGGCUGCUGUUUGUGUACGGCUCCAUUCGGUACGGCCUGAUGAACGGCCUCAGCAUGACGUGGCGAUAG